CGGUGGCAAUCACUUCUGCGGUCCGACUCAGACAGUCACCAAUAAUUUCCUUCCUGACUGAGACCUCUAACCCGGAUAUCAUACCUAUACUUGACUCCAGCGAUGGUCCCUUGCAGGUGGUCAUUGACCUGUCUCUCCUUAAAAUCGUAGACGUGGACACGGACAGAAAUGAGAUUGAAAUUCUUCUCAGGCAAAGACUUUCCUGGACUAACCCGGCUCUGGCCUGGAGUGUCAGCUGGGAAGAGUUUAACGAGACGAGCGUCAGUUUGGCCACCAAGUAUCUCUGGCUGCCGGACAUCGUCAUCUACAACGCCAUCAACUUGGCCGAAGUUGUCUCACCUUCGGCUGCUACCGUCAGAAACAAUGGCGAGGUGAUUCUGGUGUCAACUGUCCGGGUGCGAGUGCCCUGCGACCUUCAGAACAUUACUUCUAACAGUGGAGCAAAUUGCACACUAAAGUUUGCGUCAUGGACACGCAAUGGGAACAUCUUGUCGAUAUCAAACCCUGGAUCCGGCAUCGACCUGACUGACUACCUCCCGAUCCCCAACUACGAUCUCCUGUCCACAUCCUCCAAGAAGAACAGCAUCACAUACACCUGCUGUCCUGAUGUCGUUUAUGAGGACAUCGUUUUCCAGUUUUUGGUUAAAACACGUAACCAGGCUGUAUCCAUAUCUGAAUAA